AAGAGAUUCAAGGGUGUUACAUCUGCGAUAAGUGUAACUAAGGAUUCAUUGCAGAACAUGGGAAAUGAUGCAGAGCAAAAUACUUACAUUGUAAGUACAUAAUUCCUUUUUCUAAGUGAAACAAAUCUUUUUUUUACUGUUUUAGUUUGAAAAAAAAACUUGCAAUUAUUUUACAUAACUUUACUGCUAAUGUGCUAUUGUGUAUGUGUGUGUGUGUGUGCAUUUGCAUGUAUAGCUUAAUACAUAUUUCUCUCAGCACUCUAAAUAGAACAUUCAAAGUAAAUAGUAUAAUCAGUCACAUAUAUAAAGAGGCAUAAUGUGUGCAUUUUUCUUCCAGAGUUUAAUACAUAGAAACAUGCCUGAAGUUUUUUUUAAAUAAAAAAACACUUUUUAAAACAAUAAUGAACAGAUUUAGCAUAAGCCAUUAUACCAAUAGCCUGUUUCGCAAGGUUAGAGGUAUAAACACGAAUGUUCACUGACUAGUUGAUACUUAUAAAACAAAUCUACACUGACAUAUUCUGGAAUCGGGGGUUACCUCUGGGCACUAUAUUGGGAGGGGUACUUGCACACAAUGCGUGAUGUCAUUUGAUAUUAUGUUCAUGUGUUGUGGCCAAUGUGGUAGUGAGGAGUGUCACAUGAAUGUUAGAGCUUCAUGGUGAGUGCUUAGGGGCAGCGUGCGCAAGAAGGAAGCCCCCCUCUCCCCCUCUAAUCCUGGAUCUAUGCCUUCCCAGGUAUAAGGUCCUUUUUUGAUCAUGUUCCUCUGAUCUGGUUUUAUUACUGGUAUGUCAUAAAUCACAUUUUGGCUGAAAUUAAUAUGUUCUAGUUCAUGUGGCAUAAUAAAUUAGAGCAUUGCCCCACAAGUUGAUUUCUAUGCCAUUUUCCUAACCACUGAAUGAUAGCUCAUUUACUAGUUUGUGGGGUUCUUGAAAGAUGAUUUUUGACAACCCCAGAACUAGUCUGUUUAUAACAGUUUGUUAUAAAACUCACGUCAUAAAAUCCACGAGUGUUUGUUUGUAAAUAUUCAAGUUUAUUCCCUAUGUGCCAAAUUGCAGUGAGUUGAAAACCAAAUUUCAAAUGAAGGCAAUAACAUUUUAGCCUAAAUAUUCCAGACUCACUAUAAAUGUAUUUAAAAAUAAAAAUAAUCUACAUUUAGGGCAAAGUGAUGUCUCUCUUUUACUGUGCAAUUUACUUUUCCUAUGACUACUUCGAUUUUAAGAUCCACAAUUUGCACACUUUGCCAGGGUAAGAAUAUCCUGUCAUGUCCCAAAAUAUCUGAUUCAUGCAGCAAAGGGAAGUGUGUUUUGUACUCCUCUCUGAUGCUCAUUUUACACCAGUGGCUGACUGGCAUAUUUCGGCGAAAAAGGGUAAGUACAACCCAAAGGCCAAUUAUACAGCAACUUGGCCCCACAUUUUAAAAAGAAAUUAUGAUCUGUCUGUGGUAUAUUACCAAACUCUAUAAAUUAUGCACGCACACACAUAUAAACUCUGGUCUGUCUACUUUAAUAAAUAUUUAUUCAGAGACAAAACAACAGCAACAUACAAAUAAUGACACACAAUCUAACUAACUAUACCAACAACAACAAUAUAACUAAGUACUCACCAUUAUAAAAAUUAGCCCAUGUCUGCUCACGUGUCUGCUCAGUAGCACAGCCAAGAAGGAGCAUGGAGGAAUGGAGAUAGGGGCAAGUGGUUAUCUCUAUCCUGACUUGUCAGCAUAUCUUCUUGUGUCAAAUGCUUAACUUGUUUUGUCUAAUAAUAUCUAUUUGGUUGUGGUGUCUUACUUUUAGACAUUUACUCCACACAUGAAAAAGAGUUGAACACAAAACCAUAUGUAAUUUAAUGAUUUACUGAGGAAUACAUGCAAUAAUCACAAAAUGUACACAGUUUUAACUGAAAAUUAUUAUACAUGAAUGUGGGUGGGAAAGAUGUAAGGGUGAAAAAUUUAUUUCCAAUUGAACCCCCUGCUGAUAGCAAAAUAGAGCAACUAGCAUACAUUGUCACUUUAUUAUUCAUCCCAUCUUGACUCAAAGCAAUCUAAUUUCCCUAUAUUCUUCAUGCCACCUUAAGGCUAUUAAUGAAAAAAGAUACACAAAAAACUUAUCUCCCAGUAAGAAAGGCAUACAUGAGCUUGGUCACAUGACCCCUGGUCACCAUAUUAGUUUGAUUGCAGAAUGUCACCAAACAGUCCACUGGCCAAGCCACCUCUCUCUUGCAGGGGAGUGCAGAGAUCCAGCCGUGAAUGAGCAGUGGGACAGUAUCUGAGUAUCUAAGCAGGGUAGUAUCGGUGUGGCUGUGAGUAAGGAAAAGCAGCGGUGUGUCGUAAGGGCCAGAUUUGUCCUCCUUGCUGCCCCAAGGCCAGUAUCCUCAAGGCAUCCCUGAUAUAUACAUACAGUCACAGGAAAAAUAAAGUACACGCUCUUUGACUUCUAUGGUUUUACUCAUCAGGACAUUAUAAUAACAUAAUAACAAUCAUAUGUUUCUUAGCAGGUCUUAAAAUUAGGUAAAUACAACCUCAGAUGAACAACAACACUUGACAUAUUACACCGUGUCAUAAUUUACUUAAUACAAAUAAAACAAAAAUGGAGAAGUCAUGUGUGAAAGUACACUUUAUGAUUCAAUAGCUUGUAUAAACACCUUGAGAAGCAAUAACGUGAAGUGAUCUUUUUCUGUAUGACUUUAUCACUCUCACACAUCGUUGUUGAGGAGUUUUGGCCCAUUCUUCUUUACAAUGUUGCUUCAGUUCAUGGAUGUUUACUGGCAUCUGUUUAUGCCACAGCAUUACAAUCGGGUUGAGGUCUUGACUUUGACUGGGCUAUUGCAACAUCUUGAUUUCGACAAAGCUUUAGCUGUCGGACAGAUGGCCUCACAUCUGACUCGAGAAUACUUUGGUAUUCAGAGGAAUUAAGUGUUGAUUAAAUGACUGCAAGAUUCCCAGGUCAUGUGGCUGCAAAACAAGCCUGAAUCAUCACUUUUCCACCUCCGUGGAUAGUUGGUAUGAGGUAUUUGUGCUGAUUUUACCUGCUAGGUUUAACUCCUCCUCUAUUGGCUGUCUACCAUACAGCCACUACAGGAACUUCCGGGUCUUUAGCGACUUUUGGUUGCCUAAAUGACACUGGACAUCCUAAGGCUAUGCAUGAGGACUUCAAGGAUCACUGUAAUCCCCAUAGAAAAGCAUUGAAUAAUGCCUUCCUAUGGGGAAAUUCUAAUGCGAGCGUGGCCAUUGCCGAGCAUGCACAUUAGGUCUCCUCCGCCGGUUGACUGGUGAGGAGAUCAAAGAUGGAGGGAAGGACCUGGGAGGCUCUGUGUUUCCGCCCGCGAGAAGACUGGUCCGAGCAUUGCCGCGCAUUACCAUGGCAGGAGGACAGUUGAGCCAGCUUGCAGCUGAAGGAGCUGCAGGCUAAAGUGAACAUGCAACCACUGGACCACCAGGGCUUGCAGUAUUAUGUCCCCUGUCCCUGAUAAAAGGUAAGAAGAUAGAUCUUUAAGAUAGAUUUACACAUUUCACCUACUUACACACAGUAUAGACUAUGCACCCUAUGCCCCUUUCACACACACUGUCUCUUUACAUAGAUACACACACACACUGCCCUUUCACACUACGCCCUUCACACACAAACAUCACCAUUCACACACACACACUGCACCCUUCACACACACACACACAGCACAUCACAGACACACAUAGAAAAAAGUAGAAUAGAAAAUGUAAACAAAAAUAGAUAAAUUUAAGUACAUAUUAUGUUUUUAAAAACCCUUGUUUCAAAAAUAAAAUUGCAUGUGUGCUAUACAAUUAGUUGGUGCGGCACUGGUGGGGGUAAGGAAAUGUUACCAUCAACAAGGAUACAAAAUUGGGCGGUAGGUAUUAAAAGGUUGACUUCCCCUGGUUUAAACGAUUGUCACCUGAGCAUUUCUGCUAAAAUGUUUUUUGUUUUUUUUUACAGAAUGUACAUAUCACAGAUAUACCUGAAUUCAGCAGCUCUUCAGACUAUCAAUAUUCUCCAGGAGACUUCGGCACAUGCAACUUAGAAGAAAGCAAGAUUUUUGACCGAAAUUUCUUGCCUGCAUUCUACAGCCUUCUGUUCCUGAUUGGAAUAAUUGGGAAUGUCCUGGUAAUGUUUGUUCUGCUGCGGAAUAAGCAUAAGCUCCAAAGUACUGACAUUUUUAUUCUGAACCUUGCCAUUGCUGACAUACUCCUUGUUUUAACUCUUCCAUUUUGGGCAAGCCAGGCAUUUAGUGGCUGGCUAUUUGGUGGUAUUCUUUGCAAGAUUGUAGGCUCCCUGUUCAAAGUCAACUUUUACGCUGGAAUUUUCCUCCUUGCUUGCAUCAGCUGGGAUCGAUAUCUUUCAGUGGUCUAUGCAGUUCAGAUGUUUAAGAAACACAGAUCCAAUCUGAUAUACUGGAUUUGCCUGGCUGUAUGGUGUGCUUGCUUAGCACUUUGCAUCCCUGAUGUAAUGUAUUUCAAAGCUGAAUAUGACUAUCGUACCAAUUUAACAAUAUGUCAGCCCAGCUUUCCUGCCUCAACUUCAAAAAUGUGGAAGACCAUUAUGACUUCUAUAUUUCAUAUUCUAGGCUUUUUGCUACCUUUCUGUGGCAUGGUAUAUUGUUAUGCACACAUCUUUCACACCUUGUUAAAAUCUAAUGGUUUUAAGAAACAAAGAGCAUUACAACUGGUGAUAGCUGUUGUGGUGGCUUUCUUCUUGUGUUGGACUCCAUACAACAUAGUAGCUUUUGUGGAUACUCUGGUCAUGUUGGAAGUUGUUCCUGUAAGCUGCAAUCUUACACAUAACAUUGAUACUGCUCUAUCAGUUACAUCAGGUCUGUGUUACUUUCACUGUUGUCUGAAUCCUUUCCUCUAUGUCUUCAUUGGCGCCAAAUUUAAGAAUUAUUUCAUAGAGCUAUUACGUCAAGCAAGCUGUAUGUGUCCCAACUUCAUGGAACAAUAUGUCAAAAGAAAGUAUUCAGCUCGAUCUUCAACCUGGUCAGAAUCUGGAGACACUUCGUUGUCCAGAAUCUAAGUAUUUAUUUCUCCUGUCAAACGAAAGACUGAUGGACCAUGUUAUAUGAAUGUAUUUGGAAGCAAUCAAUGUGUUUAUGAUGUCUUCUUGGUCUAAUGCCAUAAAUUCACAUAAGAGUUACAAACCAUAGAAGCUUAAACAUUAGAUGAUAUAUUUGAGACUUUGUGCUUCUUUUUCAAAAUAGAAGUAUAAUUAGGUAAGAGUAAAGUGUGUGCACAUUAUCAACCAUCCAUGUUAUUUAUUAAACUGUAUAUGAGCUAAGAAUGUAGAAAAAUACUGUAAACUUAGAACAAAAUAUAAAGCUAAGUUUUAUGUGAUUUCAUACAUUUAGUGAAAUGUAGAAAAAUAUUUGUGUCUCUUAAAGUUAACCACUUUGAAAACGAUCACCAUUGUUUCAUCAUCUCACUAUUAAUAUACCUCUAUAAAAAGCCACAUAGUGUGGUGUUAUUUAGCACUUAAAUAUCACAUUCUAGGGUUUACCAACCGUCAACCUCACCCUAUAAAUUAAUUACAACCAAAUAAUUUGUAUUUCCUUUGGGUGAUUAGGCAUAAUGCGAUCUGUAGUUCUGCAGAAUUUUACAUUUGUUAGAGGACCAUGCCAUGUCAACUCAAAUUUCAAUAUGUUGUAGCUUUUAUUAUUAUAUCAUACUUAACAAAGUCAUAAUUGCCAUAGUCCUGUAAAUCGUGGCUCAGAGUUCUAUGUUAUAUGCUACUUUCCUACUAUCCUACUAUACUACUGGAAAACUCUCCUUGUAAUGUUAACAAAGUAAUAUGUGCUGGACAGAAAACCCCUUGGCUAUCCUGCCAUCCAAUGACUCAUUCUCAUCUUACAGCACCUUGCAAUUCCUAGAAUGUGGGUGCAAGCUACAGUUUUCAAGUUACCUUGUGCAGUUAUCUGGUGGCUCUGUAAUAUUUAGCUAGCACAAUGCAUUGUGCAUACAUUAUUUAAAAGUUUAGUCACAUGGAAGUUAGCAGACUAACACAUCAUUACAUUUUCUGUUCCAACUGACUUAAUAGGAGUAGAGCAGAACUUAGUUGAGAUCUCUCUCCUGUAACUUUGUUAGUCUGUUUAUGAACUAUGCAUGCUUUAGGGUACUAAAAGAGUACUAAAUAAAUGGCAUCUGUAUUGGAUGACCACUGGGGGUUGGGUUGACCGACCAAUUUCUAUACGCUUUAAACUGACAAUUACAUAGUACAUCCCCUUAUUUAACCUCAUCUCUAUCAGCUGCAGCUGGGCAAUCACUGAUACAACAACUGCUGCUUUUAUGUAGUUUAUGUAGUUGUGUGGGUUCCAUUCAACAAACCACAGGAUUGAAAUCCCACUAACCAACAACUAGUGGUAAUUAAUAGUCCUACUACCAAACAUAUUUAGGUUUGUUAUUCACUUUUCCACCAAUUGAUUGCAUCAACGAAUAAAGAACAAGGGUCAUUGUCCUUCCUCUAAUCAUUGCGUUUUAGGCUUCUGUCGUAACAAACCAUUAGAAAGGCCAAUGGCUGUCUUGUGAAUACUCACGAAACACAGCAGAUUCCAUAGAAAAGGUUGGAUGAUGAAGCAGUUCAAAGACACAAAUAUUGUUAAGACUUAAUAGCUAGAGCAAAUGUGUCUUUGUAAAGUAUAAUUUAUGAACUUAUAACAAGAAAGUCAGCCGUGAAUUUUCAUGACUAUUCCUCUUCAACAAUUGAAGGUCAUUGCAGAGGCAACUGUCUGAUACUAAACGGGUAAAAUCCCAGUGAUCGCAAUUUGAGCGUUUGAUGCGUAAUUACUGAAUAAUAAUGCAAGAUUUCAAGAUGUUUAGAAGUGCUCUUUCCCUGUCAUGUAAUGACUCAUGCAGAAUCAUCUGCAUAUGUAGCUAAGAUAUUAAUAUUUAAUAAGACAUCAUAACAAUAUAAUAAAAAGUAUAUAAAAAAUUAUGUAAAAAUGUAUAAGAAAAAAUGUAGAUAUUGAUUAUACCAUAGGAUAGUCUGCAUGUAAAGGUCUAUGUGUAAAUAGAAAAGGAUACAAAUUAUAACUGUAUAUAUUUAUAAUGCUGGAGUGUUAAAAAUGUCCAUUUAGAUUGUUGGGCACCAGCACAGUCUCCCAAAAUGGUUUAACUUAUCUCUAACACAGCCACAAAACAGACUAUAGCUGUAGCUACUGCUUCCAGAAGAUCAUCUAGCACAGAUAAUGUUCCCUCAGCUAAUUCAUUGCUUAUCAAAGAGAAGCACUGAGACCAAAGGUUCAUGUACAGUAAGCAUAUUGCUGCACCUGCAGUGCUUGUCAUAGAGAGGCACUGAAGUAAAUGCUUCUAAAUGAGAAGCCCCAAUCCUGCUUCUGUCUGGGCUGCAGCUGGUUAUCAAUUAGAGACCUGGUAGGGUGUAACCCAGUCACUUUACAAAAAGUACAGAUUUUUCUUGAAAUUGACACUUUUAUAAAGUGGGAAAGAGGGGACACUUUGUCACUGCCUAAAACACUUUGUUCUACAGCAAGACAAACUGCUUUAGAGUGUUUAGGGUAAUCCUUUGAAAAAUAUAAAAU